GCCCCCUCCUUCCUCACUGUCCGAACGAGGUCGGUAUAAAAGAGCUGGACUUCAAGGGGAUGGUCACAGUCGCAACAGUUCGGCAGUCUCACCAACACACCCCAGCAACCAUGAAAUUCCUGAUCAUCGCUGCCCUCGUGGCCGUGGCCGCCGCCCGCCCCCAGGAGUACCACGACGACAUCUUCCACUUCUCCACCAAGGUGAACCCCCAGAGCUUCUCCCGCUCCUCCGUGGUGAGCCAGUCCGUCCCCGUCGUCUCCAAGACCAUCGUCAAGUCCGUGCCCCAGUACCAGCAGCAGUACCAGACUGUGUCCCAGUACCAGUCUGUGCCCCAGUACCAGCAGCAGGUGGUCGUCAAGUCCGUCCCCCAGUACCAGCAGCAGGUGGUCGUGAAGAGCGCCCCCGUCUACAGCCAGGUGCACCACGUCGUCGAGCAGCAGGCCGCCCCCGUCCUCCUCCGUCACGUUGAGCAGGAGAUCCCCGCCUACCAGUCCGUCCAGCACGUGCACCAGCCCGUGUACCAGUCCGUCCAGCACGUCGCUGCCCACCACGUCGCCGCCCCCGUCGUCUCCCGCACCGCCUUCGUGCCCCAGUACGACUCCGUCAGCGUGUCUGCCUCCGCCCAGCCCAAGUACAAGAUCCUCAGCCAGGUUCAGGAGUUCGACCCCGCCGGCAUCUACCGUGUGAACUUCCAGACCGAGAACGGCAUCCAGUCCGCUGAGACCGGCUCCGUGAAGGACAUCCAGGCUAAGGACGGCCCCGUCGCCGCCAAGGAGGGUUCUUACUCCUACACCGGCCCCGAUGGUGUCGUGUACACCGUCAACUGGAUCGCCGACGAGUUCGGUUUCCGUGCCUCCGGCGCCCACCUUCCUCAGGUCCCCGAAGAGAUCCAGCGCUCUCUGGAGCUCAACGCUGCCCAGCCCCAGAAGUACGACCAGGACGGCAACCUCGUCAGCCAGUUCUAAGAAGUUCCCAUUAACUCCGACACUGAAGCGAUCUGUCCAAAUGACGAAUCUCGCUACGCCUAUGGUUAUCGAAAAUGCUCUAGAUGGAAUCGAUUAGGAAAAAAUUGUACUGACUUUAUAUUGACCAGCGGACGACAUGGGCGGGUAUCUCGCAGCGUGUCUCCGCCAGGGAGUAGUGAUACCUCUGAGUUAGCACUGCCUUCUGAACUUUAUCGACAAAUUGACUGAAGCUUUAAUAAAUAAAAAUCAAAUAUAUCUAAA